AUGCGUUCCGCUAUCAUCGCUGCUGCUGCCUUCUCGGCUCUCGUCUCCGCCGGAAGUGAGGCUAACGCCUUCAACAACCCCAAGGGUGGCUACGUCUUCACUGCUGGUGAUUCCACCACUCUGUCCUGGGACCCUAGCACCAGCGGCACUGUCUCCCUGCGUCUGCAGUGGGGCUCCGUGACCACCGCCGAGUCCGGUGAUGCCAUUGCCUCCAGCAUUGACAACAGUGGCUCCUACACCUGGGACGUCCCCACUGACCUGGUGAAGGACCGCGAGUACUCCAUUGAGAUCAUCGAUGACUCCGACGCUGAUGACUACAACUUCCUGCCUUACUUCACUGUCGCUGGUGCCACUGAGACUGCCUCGGCUACUGCCUCCGCCACUUCCGCCAGCUCGACUUCCGCCAGCAGCACUGAGGCUUCCACCAGCUCCACCAGCAGCAGCUCUUCCACCUCUAGCUCUUCCACCAGCUCUACCCCCACCACCAUGACCACCAUGAGCUCUACCAGCUCCAGCUCCAGCUCCAGCACCUCCAGCACCAGCGGCUCUAGCUCUGCUACCCCCAUCGCUACCACUUCCAGCUCAGCCGUGUCUAGCACCAGCGCUUCCGCUUCUUCUUCCUCCACCGCUGUCCCCACCAACGCCGCCGGUAUCAACCGCGUCUCCGGUGGUUUGCUGGCCGUGGCUGCCGGUGCCGCUAUGCUGCUGUAA